AUUCGGACCGUCCGAUAUUACAACAAAUGAUCCAAUUUAAACCGAGUCCCGUCCCUUUGCAAAGUCGAAUUAAGAAGCCACUAAUGUCGGGCCUCAAGCUGACAAUCUCCGUCUCCAUCCAUGGCGCCCUUCCCUAUAAAUGGCUCCGCUCCACCUCCACCUCCACCUCCGCCCGCAGACCCCUUUCCCCAUCCUUGCGACCCCUAAGAUCAAGAAUUCCCAACCCCUCCUCCGUUGCCGUUAGAGGGCCAACGCUGCCGGCGCCGCGGCCACAGGGGCGCAGGAUACCACCGUGCGCGCCCCCUUGCUGCCCUGCCAAUAUCAGCAGCAAAACUCUCGGCUCGAGUGUCCUGAUUUUGAGGCAACCUGAGUGUAGCAGCAAAUGCUUGUCCUAUUUUAGCUCCUCUGACUCCGACAACCGAGGGGAGUCUGUAGCGGCGAAGAGCAUGGCCUCAGAGAACGCGAAAAGCGUGCCCUUCUUGAAUCACGAUGACGACGAUCAGAAGGCUGCUCGCGGGGCCUCCCCGCCGCCGUCGAUGCAAGAUGCCGAUCAGAAUUCGAGCAAAUUGCUCACAUUGCCUACGAUCUUGACGCUCGGUCGUGUUGCUGCUGUGCCGCUCUUCAUCAGCACUUUUUACGUGGAUAGUUGGUGGGGGACUACUGCUACGACUAGCAUUUUUAUUGCUGCAGCAAUUACUGAUUGGCUCGAUGGCUACAUUGCUCGGAAGAUGCAAUUAGGCUCUGCUUUUGGUGCUUUCUUAGAUCCAGUGGCUGACAAGCUUAUGGUUGCUGCCGCACUGGUUUUACUUUGCACAAGACCAUUGGAAUUUGAUAUGUUUGGAAAAGUCCCAUGGCUAAUGACUGUACCUGCAAUAGCUAUAAUUGGUAGAGAGAUAACUAUGUCUGCAGUCAGAGAAUGGGCUGCUUCUCAGAAUAGUAAGCUAUUAGAGGCUGUUGCUGUAAAUAACUUGGGGAAGUGGAAAACAGCCACACAGAUGACUGCACUAACCAUUUUAUUGGCGACUAGAGACUGCAGUAUCGGAGGACCCGGGCUAAUUGGUACUGGGGUGGCAUUGCUUUAUAUCUCAGCUGGGCUUGCUGUCUGGUCCUUGGUUGUGUAUAUGAGGAAGAUAUGGAAAGUUUUGCUUAAGUAAUGUUAUGCGCCCAGUCCUUAGCUCUUAGCUUCCCUGGACUUGGCAGCAAAAUACAAUGCAGUCUCUGGUUAUUGAGCUAUUCAAUUAUAUUCUAUCCUUCCUUUUUGUUUUUAAACCAAUCAUAUUCUAUCCUUGGAAGAGCAAGAUUCUGAUCAUUCACUGAAGUGAAAAUUAUUAGUAUAGUUACUGGUUCUUGAAUAUCUUUCUUCUGGAAAUAGGUUCCUUAGGAUGCUGUGCCACACCAAGAUCCUUGAUGCAGGUCUGGGAAGUAAGUGGACAAUGCCGGGCAACUACAGGAAGCAGAUCUCAGAUCGAAAUCUAGCUUUCAGGAAUUUCAUAGUUUCAUUAUCGCUGUAGUGUUCUGUAUGGGUAGUCCUCUGUAAUUCAGAAGAAAUGAGCAUCCUUUGAAGGGUGUUCCUUCCCGUAGCACUGCAAUACAUUCUUCAUUCUGACAAUUUAUUGAAAAGGUUUGAAGGGUGUUCCUUAC